AUGAGGGACUCGUUCGCUGCCCUUUUGCGCACGGGGGCCGGCAAGCUCGCCCUCUCGCUGCUGAUCGCUUCGCCCGCCGCCGCCAUCACCUUCAAGCAGGUCCCGGAUCCUCACCUGAGCCUCGGCGACCUAGGCCGCAUAGCCUUCACCGGAGACUUUGACUCAAUCUCGCUAUAUCAGUACGAAGGCCAGAGCCAGCAGUAUCCCGGCCGCAAUGGCGCCCUGCUGUCCCGCUAUCCCAAUGGUGUCUUUGCUACCAUCAACGUCACCGACGCCGACAUCAAGGCCAUGUGCUCGCUGCCCAUCAAUGGCGCCGAGCGCGUCAUGUUUGCAGGCAACUUUACUGGCGUAGGCAACAUGCCCACGCCCGGUGGCAUUGCCCUGCUGGAUCCCACAAACGGCAAGAUCCAGGCACUCCAAGGCCUCAGCGGCUCCGUAAACGCCUUGUACUGCGACAGAAACGCUGGACGCGUCUAUGUCGGUGGAAGUCUGACCGGCGGCAAUUCGACAAAUGCCCUCAUCUGGGACAAUGGCUGGCAGGAUCUCUCUUUCAACGGCUUCAACGGCGCCAUCCAUGCCAUCACUCGCGCCCCUAAUAACAACAUAAUAUUCGCAGGGGAUUUCAACGGCUUGGGAGGCAAUGCCUCGACCGUCGUCAGCGCGAACAACACGCAGCUCAUUCCCAUAUCCAGCGCACGCAUCUCGGCUCAGACAAGCUCGGGUCUCAAUGGACUGACCGACCCCAAGAACAUUGCUUGCAAACCCGACUUCUCAACACAGGGCCCUGGCUCUACCUGGUUGAUGGCCGAUAGGGCCAGUGGUUUCUGGAGGGCCGACUUUGGCUUCGGUUUCCAGCCUACCAGCCUGAAAUUGUACAACACAAACUUGGACGGCCGAGGCACCAAGACAUUCCACUUUACGGCACUUCCGGAUGGCGGCAUCAUGAACUUGACCUAUACCAAUCCUAGCACCGGAAAAAAGGCCUUUUGCGACCUUCGAUGUCCCUUGCCCGAGGGCAACACCACGGCCCAGGAGUUUUCCUUUGUCAACCUGGUCGGCAUGAACGCUUUCCGCAUCGACAUUACCGAUUUCUACGGAGCCGGCGCUGGUCUGAAUGGAAUUGAGCUCUUCCAGGAUGCCAUGUACUCGUACGCCGUCAAUGACUUCAACGAACCCAAAAACUGCGGUCCCACUGGUACAAAGUCACAAUCUACCAACACGGGCACAUGGCAGACGACUCCAUCACAUCAGAGCAUUUCCGAGUAUCUUACAACCGUUCUUCAAGGCAGCCCAAUCGACGUCAACGCAGCAACCGUCACCUUUAUUCCCGACAUCAAGCAGUCUGGCAACUACUCAGUCACCAUCUACACGCCUGGAUGCCAGGGCGACGGCACUUGCGGUACCCGCGGCCGCGUCAACGUAACGGCCGUGACAGGCGGUAAGAGCGAAAGCACUGAACUUUGGCAGACCAACAACUUCGACAAGUACGACGAAGUCUAUAACGGCUUUAUUGAUGCCACUAGUGGCGCUCCCCCGCGAGUCAUUCUUCAGCCCGCCGCUGGACAGGCCCCCGGACCCUUGACUGUUGUGGCACAAAGGGUGCGCUUCACACUUUUGAAGGCCACUUCUGGAAAUCUGAAUGGUCUCUUUGAGUAUAAGCCUGGCCAGAAGGUAAAUGCCGACGACCUAUCCAAUUCCGUCAUCAACGCCGCUGGCGCCAGCCUCUCGCCCGCGGAGAAGGCCUUUGUCACGAGUUUGGCUACAGACAAUGACAAUCUUUACAUUGGCGGAUCCUUCAACACCAGCGAUGGCAGGAACAACAUCUUUUCCAUACGCCAGGGCGCUACCGACCCCACCGCCCUUGCUGGUAAGGGGCUUAACAACCAGGUCAUGACUUUAUUCCAGAAUGCCAGCACCCUGUAUGUCGGUGGUAACUUCACCAACACGGUUGACAACAACGCUCCUGGCCUGCGCGGAGUGGCCGCUUAUGUCAACAACCAGUGGCAACCUCUUGGAGCCGGUGUAGAUGGUGUCGUCCUUUACCUCGUACCCUUUUCGCUCAACGUCACUGCAAACACGCCCGAGGAUGUCCUUGCCGUCAGUGGUUUCUUUAGCCAAGUCAACGCCUUUGGCAACAAUCCUAGCACCAGUGUCAACGACUUCGCCGUCUGGGUUCCCUCCCGUGGCAACUGGCUACACAACCUCGAUUUUCACUCCCUCGCCAUGUCGGGUAGACUUAUGACGUUUGCCGAUGUUCCUGGAAGUGAUCGUUGGUUCGGUGGUUCUGUAUCUUCAGGCGCCCUCCUCGCAAGCGGUACGGCCGAGCUGGACAGCGGAAACCAAUUGUCGCUGCAAGCGUUCCCUGCCAACAUCCAAGCACAGCGCCAGCAACAGCAACAGCGACGCAAGCGAGCCGUUAUUGAUCAGCAGAAUGUGAAUACCACGGGAAUCCGCACUGGCACCUUUUAUAAGCAAAACGGCAUGAACAAGACUAUUCUUGCUGGUCACUUUGCUUCGACGGGCUCCAACAAUGAGAACAUCACCAACGUCCUUAUCAUUGACGGCAACGACUCGAACAAGAUCACCGGUUUCAACGACGAGCUGUAUGCCAACUCUACCUUUGCUGCUGUCUCCGUCUUGAACAACAUCCUGUACGCUGGAGGCAUGAUCAGUGGACAACUCAACAAGGAUCGUAUUGCUGGCAUCGUCGCCUACGAUCUGUCCAAAAAUCAAUUCACUCCCGUUCAGCCACCGCCGCUCCAGGGUGUCAACGUCAGUGUCAACGCCAUUGCGCCUCGACCAAAGUCCAAUGAUGUCUUUGUCGCUGGUCGGUUCCAGUCUGCUGGAGCCUUGAGCUGUGCUGCGCUCUGCAUCUGGAACACUGAGCGUAACCAGUGGAACACUGCAGGUAACGGUAUUCAAGGCGAGGUCUCUUCGCUGAUAUGGGUUGGCGACAACAAUCUUUUGAUUGCUGGCAACCUUACGUCGGGCAACAACGAGACCAAGAUCCUUACGUUUGACUCUCAGAACGGUGCAUUCGCCGUCGUUCCUGGUGCCAGCGAGCUGCCAGGUCCGGUCACUGCACUUACUAUUGCCAAUAGCGCUGGAGACCAAUUCUGGGCUGCUGGACAAGCCGACGAUGGCUCUACCUACCUGCAGCGAUUUGAAGGAAGCAAGUGGUUACCGGCCGACAAGUCAAUCUUCGGCGCCAACACCAACAUUCGCGGUAUCCAAGUGCUUUCCCUGUCGCAAUCACAUAACACUUCACAAAUCAUUGACGCAGGCCAAGAUCUUCUUCUCAUGGGUCACAUCAACAUCACCUCGUUUGGGACUGCCUCUGCCGCGCUCUUCAACGGCACUACACUGACUCCUUUCCUGCUUGCCACCAAGGGACAGGAUGGUGAGUCGGAGCCAGGAAGCUUGUCUUCCAUCUUUGUGGAGAACCCCAAUUCGUUCUUCCUCAAGUCGGACAAGCACCUAGCACUCUGGGCUAUUGUCCUCAUCGGCCUUGCCAUCGCUCUCGUCCUCACCUUCUUGCUCGUCGUCAUUGGCAUCAUCAUGGAAUGGUUCCGCAAGAAGCGACAAGGCUACUCUCCUGCCCCUACAACCUAUCCUGAUCGGCUAGGGAACGUAGGACGCGUACCGCCGGAGCAACUCUUUGGAAACAUGUCCGGACCACGAGGAGCCCCGGCGAUAUAA